AUGGUCUGCCCGCAACAAGGCCAGAGUGGCAUGAGAGAGACCUUGGGCCUGCGCGUCGCCCCCCCGCCCCCCGCCCGUGACCAGGGGCCGCGGGAGCAGGGGCGGGCUGUUGAUUGCACAGGCCCAGCAGCCGCGACUCUCCGGGAGAGGGAGAGGAGCCCGAGGCAGAGCGAGCGCCCUCUGCUGGCGCGCGGCGGCACGGAGACCGGAAGGGAGAGCGGGAGGCGGGGCGGCCACGGAGGACCGCCCGCCAGCGAGCCCCGCCAGCCCCGCGCGCGAGGGGCCCAGCUCGCCCGCCGCGUCCACACCUGGGUCUGCGACCGGGGCGGAGGGAGGAAGACCCUCAUCUCAGAGUAG